CGUACGAGCUCCCGAGUGACCUGCGGUGAUUAUACCACUCCUCCAUUGAUUUUCCCCCUCGUCCUUUUUCCUGUUAAUAAAAUAAGCUUGGGGGAUAAUAAUCCCACUCCUCUCUCUCUCCUCCCUGCUUCUCUACCUGAAUCCUAACCCUCGACGGCAGCAGGAGCAGGAGCAGGAGCAGGAGCGGGAGCGGGGUUGCCUGAUGACAACGAUGCGACGAUGACGGAGAAGCGGGAGGAGGAGAUGGAAGCCUCGUCGACGGCCGCCGAGGCUGCGAUACCGCCGCCGUUCUCGUCGCAGACGCCGUCCGUGUUUCCGUUCGUCGGGGGAUUCUUCGACGCCGCCGACGACGGCGGGGAGAAGGAUUCGCUCGGAUUCCUCGAGCUCCUCGGCCUACGGGAUCUCCACCACCCGCCUCCUCCGUUCUUAUUCGAUCACCUCCCCCAGCGGACGCCGGGGGCGGAUCCGCCGCCGGACGGUGGCAAUAUCCCCGCGACGCCGUCGUCGAUCUCGACGUCGUCCUCCGCGGAGGCGGCGGCAGCCGGCGCCGCGGCGAUCAAGCCGUCGACCUCGUCCGCGGAGGCCGCCGGAGAUGAGGGAUCGGAGCAGCAGGGGAAGUCCGGUAAAACGGGGAAGGAAGAAGGCGGGAAGAAGAAGGGGCAAAAGCGUCAAAGGGAGCCGCGAUUCGCGUUCAAGACGAUGAGCGAGGUCGACCACUUGGAAGACGGCUACCGGUGGCGCAAGUACGGACAAAAGGCCGUCAAGAACAGUCCCUACCCCAGGAGUUACUACCGUUGCACCAGUGCCACCUGCGGCGUGAAGAAGCGGGUGGAGCGGUCGUCGGAGGAUCCUGCGGUGGUGGUGACGACGUACGAGGGACAGCACACCCACCCCAGCCCCGUCCUCCCACGCGGUCACGCGCACCAAUCACUGUUGAUCCCGCCACCGCCCGACGCUCUGCUUCGUCCGUCGCCGCUCGGAUUCAGCGUGCUUCCGCCUAAGGGCCUCCACCUCCAGUUGCUCGGCAGCUACCUCCCUCCUGCUCCAGCCCCGGCUCCGCCUCUCAACUUCUUCUCCACCGCCGCAGCUCCUCGUCCUCUUCCCCCGUUGACCCCCAACUCCAUGAUCACUAACCGGACUGCGGCCGAGGGAGCGUCGUCCAGGGACCACGGCCUGCUGCAAGAUUUGAUACCGCCGGAGAUAAGAAAGAACGAGCAACUGUAGAGAUAAUCCUGUUAAUGGUACGUUCGUUGGCCUCCCUUGGAAAAAAAAAUUGCUUUUUUUUUUUACAUUUUGGAAUUUGUUUGUUUCUCUGACCUGAUCAAUCGGAUGGAGCAUUCCUAACAGUCCUUGAUCUUGUACACUGAAUGAUAUAUCAUUGUACUAUUUUGCUGUCAUCCCACCCUCAUUCUUCCCACUGUACAAGGACUAGUGCAUUAAUUACUUCAUACUUCUUAAUUAAUCAUCCAAUUACUUUACUUUAA